AGUGGGAUUGGAAUAAAGCUUAUGGCUGUCUUGCUAAGACAGAUAUCUAAGCCAAUAGCAAAUCGUUUACAAGUAGUUGCAUUGAAAAGCGAUUUAUUCAAAAGAAUUUGUAUGAAUCUCUCACAAAAGGUUCAUUCAACAGAUGUAAAACUUCGUAUGAAAUUAUUGGGUGAAAAGCAUUCGUUAAACUCGACUCACAGUACAGUUCGACCAUUGAAUGAGAAAAAGGCCAUCGAAAACGCAGCAUAUUUAUUGUCAGAAGGUUUCAUAUUUAGUAUUGCAGGCAGUUUGAUAUUGUUUGAAGCCUAUAGAACAAGAAGAAAGGAAUUAAACAGAAGAGAGAGCGUUAGCGACGAUAUCAAAGCGCUACAGGAUGAGAUUAAUUAUAUAAAGAAAAAAUUGGAUGAGCAUAAUGUGGAAUUG